AUGGAAUUUUCUGUUGUUGAUCCUGACUCAUGGGCAGAUACAGACGUAGACGAAGAUGAAGAGACUGACAUGGCCGCCGUUUCUGCCGUCUCUGCUGGCACAACGGAAGGUGUGCGUCUGGUGGAUGCUGCAUUAUCACGACUUGACUCUCGCGUUUCUGACCUCACUCAUCUUCAGACAACACUCACUCGGAAGGCCGAUGAGCUUCAACGUGCAAUGUCUGAUUUGGAGGCAUCCAAAGAGUCAACAGAUGCCAAUCAGCGCUUCCAAAUAGUGAAAGAACGAGCUACAGUCUACAGAGUCACCAGUAUGGCCAUGGUCAAUAAACUCAUUCUUUAA